UGCAGUGACUAAAAGGAGAGACAGGAAAAGUUGACUGUGUGCAUUUCGUCUUGUGAGUUAAUCAUCAGGAACGGAAUGGGAUGACACUGACAGAUGGAGACCCGGACUCAGGCUUGAUUGCUCUGCUUAUUGGCUGGUACCUGAGGAUAGAUCCUAGUGUGAACACCUCAUAACAUCUCAUCAGUGAUGUCCAUGCAGAAACAACUGUCGAUCAGGGAUGGUGCCUGUCGCCCCAUCACAGCUCUGGGGUACCACCCCUCAAGGAGAGAGGUCAUCACCGGCUGUGCUGAUGGAGUUAUUAAAUGGUGGGAUAUAGAAAGUGGAAAACUAUCCAUCAAAGCUGCCAAGCAUUCUGGAAUGGUCACCAGUUUCCUAUACUGGGAAGAAGCAAAGCUCCUCCUUUCUGCAUCAAAUGAUGGAACUGUACUUGCAUGGACCACAGGUGCCACCAUAUAUGACAAGAUAGAGAUGGGCAGGCCUGUUUUCUCCAUGGCUAUUAAUCUCCGUCGACAUCAGCUGGUGUGUGGUUUUAAGAGUAGGAUCGUUGUCUACCCUUUGGAUGAGAACAGGACUUCUGGCCAUAUCAUUAGGAUGUCAGAGAGCUCCACUGACCGCAGACACAAGGAUAUCGUGUCCUGCAUAGUGUGCCAUGAUGCUCAGAUUUACACGGGCGGCUAUGACAGAAGGUUUAUCGUCUUUGACACCAGCUCCUACCCCAAAGAGAACGGGCUGACAGCAGUGCAGUGUAACUCCAGCGCCCAUGAGGCUGGCAUCACAGCUUUGCUGCUAGUAAAGGAGAGCGAGAACACGCGCCUGCUGACAGGUUCCUUUGACAAUGCCGUGUGUAUAUGGUCCCAGGACGGGCAGCUCAUUCAGAAGCUGAGCUUCUCUGGAGUGAUCACAGGGCUGUGUUACGCAUCCUGCGUUGACCUUGUGUGGAUUGCCUGUAGGUCACCAUUCGCCACCCUGCUGGAACCCAAAUCUGGAGAGAUUGCGUCUGAUUUUAUUGAUACCUUCCAAAAGAUAGAAACUGGGCCCAGGCUUGAACGACUUUUAUACUUAGCAGAAAAUAACUCUGUUGUUGGCACUGCAGGCCACAACCAUGUGAUAGUAUGGAAAUGGAAAAAAGCCAGGAGCACCACUGUCCUUCAGAACAGACAGUCUGUGGAUUGUCUGGCUUACACAAUGAAAAAGCCCAUUCUGCUCUUCAGUGGCCACAGUGAUGGGAGUGUGACAAAAUGGGAAAGGAUGAAUUCCUCUAAUUAUAUUUACAGUAAAGAGUCCUUCAAGAUAUGUGAACACGUCCAGAAAGCUAAAAGCCAGUCACACAGUUUAAAACCGAAGAAGAAUACAAAUGCUGGUGAAAAAAGUCCUGGAGCAAAAUUGAGGAGAAGCAAAUCAUCAGAUGGCACCAUGGUUCAAGACAAGCAGAAUGAGCCAUCAAGUUUUACAAGGAGUGUGUUUGUUGAAGAGUUGGAUCUGCUUGCUCUGUCCUCUGAGAAUGGUAGAGUUUAUCUCUGGGGCUUUGAUGACUCCCUCUCCAGCAUUGUCAAGCUGAUGCCAAAUCAGUCCAGUGUCUGCCCAGAAACAAGAAAGAAGUUCCAUUUCCUGCUGGACCAAGCCAGUGAGUCACAGAGCAAAGACUCUUCAGGGGAGGAGGAUAAUCCUGAUGCUGCAACUAACCGAGUCUCAGGAUUUAGCUGUAAGAAGGUUUUGCUUGGACACUUUCAGUCUGUCUCUGCACUUGCAGUGGUUGGCAAAGGAAGUCCUUAUAACACUGUAUUCUUGAUCAGCGGAGGCUGGGACAGAAGACUCUGUGUCUGGGAUUUAAAGAAAGGUGUUCUGCAGGACACCUUCAGCAAUGCUGACUUAGAGAACUGGCAUGAGUUUAAGGAGGUGGCAUGUGAUGGAGCCAUUUUAGACCUGGCCUAUUCCCCAAAGAGGAAUGAGUUUGCUCACUCCUCCAGCGAUGGGCUUAUCUACUUGCGCCAGUUCAGCCCUGUGGGCAGAGAGAUGAAGCUAAUCAAUGUGAUGCGGGGGCACGAGAGUGAUGUCACUGCUGUCAUAUGGCACCACAGUCGAAGUCAGUGGAUCAGCGGCUCAGAGGACAGCACCAUACGUAUAUGGAGUGAAAAUGGCAUGCAAUGUGAAAACAUCUUAUUCACAAAUGGAGCUGUAGGCUGCCUUGCCUUUGACCAUUUCAAUGGCUGUAUCUUGGCUGGAGUACUAAACGUGUUAAGGGUGUAUGACCUGGAUUCAUGUUUACAAGUGCAGUCUCGUCAUGGGCACACAGAUACCAUUCGUGCUGUUUUACAUAUCCCAGAAAGGAAUCAGUACAUCACAGGCUCUUCAGACAAAACAAUACAGAUGUGGAACACCUACAGCAAGUCUCCUCCUUGAAGUGCAUUUAAACAAAGCAGCAAGCACCUUCUUCAAUUACUUGAAUUAUUCAGAAUUGUAUACGUUAAAUGGCAUUUUAAACCUUUUGAUUUUGUGAGCUUUAUUUUACCCUUAUGGCCAUAUUUGUGAUGUUAAUUUCAGAUAUCAAACACAAGGAUAGCGGUGAUCUAGCUUCCCCAGACUUGAGAUA